UGACAAUACUCUCCAACUCCUCCAUCGUCUCCAGCUCGACGUUUCUCCACGUCCCUCAUUUCUCCCAACAUGUCGGGAAACGAGCGUGUACGAGGUAUCCAGGUGCACCGGCCGAUCAUUUAUGGGUCGCAGGCGAGGCUGUUGACCGACGAGGAGCGCGCGUUGGCACCCCCUGGACACACACAUCGCUGGACCGUCUUCCUUACUUCCGCGGCGACCCCUGUUCCGACCAAGACGGGCCAGUCGUCCACCGAUGUCGCGCCAGUGGAGAUGGACAAGGACUACCUUCCGGGCGGCGCAGACGACAUGACGUAUAUGAUCAAGCGUGUCGUUUUUCGCCUUCAUGAAACAUAUCCAAAUCCCAAUAGGAUGUGCGAGAAGCCGCCGUACAAGGUUACUGAGACUGGGUGGGGCGAGUUCACCGUCAACAUCAAGGUGACAUUCGUGCCAGAGGCGUCGGAGAAGGCGCUCUCACUGCAACACCCGAUCAAAUUGCAUCACUGGGGAGAGCCCAUCGAGCCGCAAGCGCCACAAGCCGAGGCGACGUCCUUGCAGACGCCGAAAGAAGGUGCCAGCACAAAGGCUGAGGUCCAGUCGCCCAAGCCUGAAGCCGAGGCAGACGACUCUCUCGCCCCGACUGAGGCAUCAGUGACUGAAGAUGCCACCCCAGCUGAGGCAACAACCGGCGUUGCGACCCCCGCCGAGCCAGUUAUCAUCAACCCAUACGCUACGUCUGUGGGCAACUACCCUGUCCACGCUUGGCAGUACGAUGAGAUUGUCUUCUCGGAUCCGCCGGCCAACUUCCUCGCACUGUUGGAGCAGCACACGCCAACACCGCUACCAUCCCGACCCCGUCGCCCGCGCGAUCAGCGUGAGGAGCAUGAGCUCAAAACCGGCAAGAAGCGUGUCAAGCCCUCUGCAGCGCGGACGGGAAACACGUCGCGCGCAGGAACUGAAGCCCCCGACGGCGUGACAACUCGCGCGGGAACGCCGGCGUCUGUCGCUACUCCCACUCCAGGACAGCCGCCGGUCAUAGGCGUGGCGGGAGAGCUGGGCAGUGCAGAUGUGCCCCUUGAGUUCUCGACUGACAUGGAGAAGGCGGAGCUCAACCGUCUCACCGAGACGCGUGUGAAGAUCGUGCGCGAGAUGGACAGAUGGCGAGAAAAGUUGAUCGCCCAAGAGAAGGAGCUCGCCAAACUCAAAGAGGAGUUGAAGAGCUCCAGAGGGAUACUAUAGGCGCACAAAGAUGUGAGGAGGCAGAUCGCUGUUGUACCAAUGCAUAGAGUAGAAGUAAG